UGGUAAAGGGCUCGAUAUACGUCGGGGGAAGUGAUAACAAAACUUUCGAUUAUUGGGGUGUUAUUAACAUGAUAGAAAUGAACGGUACGCGUACGAAAGUCACAACCGAAACAACGACCGAUUCAAUAUUUACAAGUAGUGCAAUCGAUUUGCCCGGAAAUGUUGUUACUACAGAUGUGCCCUUCUAUUCGUACAAGGCUGAUAUCAAUAAAAACACCGACUACUUCAAAGGUUGUAUGGGUGAGGUUCGCAUAGGUCAUCUUCUAGUUCCUUUCUUUACUGCUGAAGAUCUUUACCAAAAUGGUAAGAAACCCGUUGAAUAUUUCGAAUUGGAAAAACGUUGGCUUGAAACGGAUUGUAAAUUAUGUUUUAACACCGACUGUUUCAAUGACGGUUACUGCAUCGAUCCUAAAAAGACAUACCAAUGUCAAUGUCAGCCUGGAUUCACAGCCGAAGAUUGUUCUGUCGAUAUUAACGAAUGCGAAAGAAACGAAUGCCAGAACAAUUCCACCUGUCUCGAUCUUAUCGCCAAAUAUGAAUGCAGCUGUCUGCCUGGAUAUACAGGACAAUUGUAAGUAACAUUUUUUCACUUAUUGUUCAGAUAUUAUUUAAAUUAACUUUCUACAAUUUUAUAUACCUGUGGUAUGUUUAU